AAAAAACAGGCACUAGGAUGGGAGAGCGCCAAUGAAAACUGGACUCGCACGAAACAAACAAGAGUGAGUGGCUUUUUACACACACAAACUCAGAAACGAAUCGACCAAUCAUGCCACCUCCACCGCCCCUACCAAAACUCAAUUCUCCAAUUCACAUGCAAUAAACAACCCCUUUUCUUCACUCUCACCGUUCAUCGUCGAUCUCCAAAUUCCAUUUCCGCCCCGUUUGACCAUGGCGUCGAGAACCGGCGGCGGAAAACUCUCCUUCGAGGUUCUCCGGCGAAUCCCCUACGCCGAAGAAAAUUCCCUAGUCUACCGCUCCAAUUCCGAUCCACCUGUACCCGAUCGCAAGAAGCGCAAGAAGCGAGCCUCCAAGAAGAAAAAGAAGCUUCUCGAUCCCCACGCUUCCACCGCCGAUCCCCAUUCGGAGACGCCGCACGAAAACGGAACUGCCUGUAACGGUUUCGUGCUCGACGCCAUGAGAUUCUCCGCUGUCGGAGGAAGCGUCGUGUACGAGGCCAGCGUCUCUGCGGUUGCGGCAUCGCGUGAGGACGGUGCUGAGGUUCCGACGACCGUGCGCGGGGUUGGCGAAGGGUUUAAUUUUGGGGAAUUGAGGCAGAGAAAUGUGAAUGGUAGCAGUUCUGAGGAUUUAGCGGCUUCUUCGGCGGCGGUGGGCUGCGACGGUGCGAUUGGGAGGGACGAUGGUUCAGUGAAGGUGAGUCCGGAGGAGAAGCCGAUGAACGAGCCUGAUAGGAAUGGCAUUACGAGAUUGGAGACGGUUGAAUCGUUGGACUGGAAGCGUCUUAUGGCAGAAGAUCCGAAUUAUGUUUUUUCGGUGGAGAAGUCUCCCUUAACAUACUUUUUGGAUGAAAUGCACAAUGGAAAUUCUUUACGGAGCACAACUACCCUUGGCAAUGAAAAAGAAAGGGAGAGGGUUUAUGACACCAUCUUCCGCUUGCCAUGGAGAUGUGAAUUGCUAAUAGACGUUGGCUUCUUUGUCUGCUUCGAUUCAUUUCUUUCAUUAUUAACUGUUAUGCCAACAAGGAUCAUGAUGACCGUGUGGAGGCUUCUAAAGAUGAGACAGUUCAAGAUGCUCUCUACAAUGGAAUUGUCAGAUUUUGGUUGUUUUCUGAUUAUGAGUUGUGGUGUUGCUCUUUUGCAGCGAACAGAUAUCAGCUUAAUAUAUCAUAUGAUCCGUGGUCAAGGAACAAUAAAAUUGUAUGUGGUCUACAAUGUUUUAGAGAUAUUUGAUAAAUUAUGUCAAAGUUUUAAUGGAGAUGUGUUACAAACAUUAUUUCAUUCUGCUGAAGGACUUGCAAAUAGCCCCCCGGAAAGUAUGAGAUUCUGGAUUUGGAGAUUUGUUUCUGACCAAGCUCUAGCUAUGGCUGCUUCCAUUGUUCAUUCUUUUAUCUUAUUAGCUCAGGCAAUCACUUUAUCAACCUGUAUAGUUGCUCACAACAACGCAUUGUUUGCUUUGCUGGUGUCAAAUAAUUUUGCUGAGAUUAAAAGCAAUGUGUUUAAGCGAUACAGCAAGGACAAUGUUCAAAGUUUGGUAUACUUCGAUUCUGUGGAGAGAUUUCACAUUUCGGCAUUUAUCUUGUUCGUUUUGGCUCAAAAUAUUCUGGAGGCUGAGAAUCCCUGGUUUGAAAGCUUUCUCACUAAUGUCCUCUUGGUUUAUGUGUGUGAAAUGAUCAUUGAUAUUAUCAAGCAUUCAUUCAUUGCUAAAUUCAAUGACAUCAAGCCCAUUGUAUACUCUGAGUUCCUUGAAGACCUAUGCAAACAGACUCUAAAUCUGCAAACAGAGGGUGUUAAGAAAAACCUGACAUUCGUCCCGCUUGCUCCAGCGUGUGUGGUUAUUCGAGUGCUCACCCCAGUAUAUGCUGCAAACCUUCCUCCCAAUCCCCUUCCAUGGAGACUUUUCUGGAUUCUGCUUUUUUCAGCGACUACCUAUGUUAUGCUCACAAGCCUCAAGGUUCUUAUUGGCAUGGGCAUACAGAAAUAUGCCACUUGGUAUAUUAAUCGCUGCCGAAGGAGGAAGCACCAUCUUCAUGCAGAUUAACUUAGGAGGCAAAACAUUACUGUCUUUGAGUUAACAUUCUCUGCUUCCCAAGCAAUCCUACUCUCGUGCCCGGAGAAAAGAAAACUCGUUGAAAGACUCCAAGGAGAUCAUGCCUUGACUCUGUUGGCAGAAGCAAAUAUGAGGAAAACACCUUUCAUUUAUAUCGAUCUGUUGGUUUAUAUAACUUGAAGGGCAAGCCUGUAGAUGGCUCCCCUUCCAAUUUUGAUUAACAAGAUAGAAUUUGGUAAUUACACAAUAAAGAUACGAAGUUAUAGGGUGCAUA